GGCUUCUGGGUGCCCGACCUCGAGGAUGCCGACAACCUGAAGAAGCUCAAAGAGUGGAACGGUCAAUGGUCUAGCUUGGCUACGCUCAAAUUCGCUAGGAUCUCAAAGGAAAGCUUCAAGAAGGACUCUACCUUCCCUCCAAAAGGCAUGUCUUGAACACUUGGUGCUCCUGGCGCACAGUCAGAAGCAUUUACUUCCAGUGAACUGAUGACACGCAAAACACACGGCCGUCUCCACGCAUAUGACGCCAGAGUAAGGCAAUCUGCACGUAAUCUCGCCUUGUUAAACCCUCCCGGCGACACUUUCGAGAUACAAGCUAAGAAGGUUGCUUCGAUCUACCAAAGCUCGUGCGACUUGCCUUCGAUGACAGUGCCAUACAUUACGUGCAGAUCACAGUCGACUUCGUAUCAACAUGUCGUACCGCAAACCACGUCGUAUCAAACAACCGUCGAAGACGAAGCAAUCUCCUCAGAGACCCACAGACAGAGCGAGAGAAUGAAUACAUCUCUCAAGCAAACAACAAAAGUCAAAGUAAGUCCUCCCACACCCUCCACCCACCCCAUUUUCGAUGAUGUAACACUUUCGGAUGUAAAUCAUUUAUACCACCGAGAGCGCAAAACCAUGUGGAUAUUUUCCGUUGCCUUCCUUCUGAGACACCCCAUACAUGCCAAUCUUUUUCGUCACAACUAUGUGAAAUACUGGUACUGACGAGAUAUGACAGAUACGUGUAACGGGACAGGAAAGAAGCGAAUGUGAUAGGGAGGAGGCUAUAUGCAAGUAGUAUAAAUGAAUUACUGCUGCAUAUCUCUUUUGAACUGUGACUGAGGUGAUUAUCAACUAAAAUUAAAAUCCCCUUGUUUUGCAUGUUCAUGUCACUCUUGGUUUUCGCAAAUCAUCCCAACUUAGUCAUUCACCAGACGAAGCGUGUAUAGUCCGCCUGCUUCCACAAGCCACAUCCAAACUCCCAAUAGCAAUAAGAUGAUAAG